CCGGCAUAUACGUUUGGCCAGUCGCCCAGCCAAGGCCCUUCAUCUGCGCAUCAUGAUAUUUAUUCCCAAGCGCAUGGAUACUUUAUGCACCAGCAAAACCAGCACCAGCACCAGCACUCGUCUCAGGCUCAUCCCCAUGCUCACUCUUCUCAGCACACGGCAGCCAUGCACGCUAGCGCGCCCGGUGGUAUUUCGCCAGUGGCAGCUAUGCCCGCUGCAAGAAAUGUGAGCAAGCCAAAGUUCAAUUAUGCGUUUUUGGACACCAAACGGCCUCGCGGUCCUUCUGCUCGUUGGUCGGUGGAGGAGGACAUUUUGCUUAAGCGCGCUGUCAAGCAGUAUGGCGAGGACAGGCAGUGGGUGAAGGUUGCCCAGCAAGUUCCUGGUAGAACCAACUUGCAGUGCCGCCAGCGCUGGCUGUGCAACAUCAAGGCGCAGGUAGACAAGGAGUACAAGGUCCCCAAGUAAAAAAUUAAAAAUUAAAACCUUGCACGGCAAUAGGUUUUCCCAGCAGUGUGUCUGCUUGAUCACACGUUUGUCGCAUGUUCAUUUAUUUUCCAUUUUAUUUUAUUAUUUACCCAUGUUUUAUUAUAUAAAUUAAUUGUUUUCAUUUAUUUUUAUUGUAC